AAAUGAGGCUAUUUCCGCUCUCUGCUUCCUCUUUGUCUGUUUGUGCGGACUGACUGAUCGGCGCCAUUCUCCGCUCCUGCACUUUCAGCUUCGAGUGCGCAAUAAUCCCCUCACCAUGUCCGACGACGGAAAGUUGUUCGUCGGCGGCCUGAACUUCGACACAGACGAGCAAUCCCUGGAAGAGGUUUUCUCCAAGUACGGCCAGAUCGCUGAGGUGAAAGUGAUUAAGGACAGAGACACCAUGGCUUCCCGCGGCUUCGGCUUCAUCACUUUCGAGAACCCGGACGACGCCAGGGACGCGCUGCAGGCCAUGAACGGAAAAUCCAUCGACGGGCGGCAGAUCCGAGUGGGUCACGCCGAGAAGAAGUCGGGAGGAGGCCGUGGUUACGGCGGAGGCCGAGGCGGUUACAGUAACCGGAGGAGAGGCGGCGGCGGUUACUGGGAUGCUGACAGGAGCGCCGGCUACAGCGGCGGAGGCCGCUACGAUCCAGGAGAGCGGGACAACUACUCGGCUGGAUACAGGAACCAAGGAGCAUACUACUACGGCGGCGGCGGCGGUGGUAGUUAUGGAAGCCGCCCUUACAGGGACUAUGAUUGAUCACAUCUAGAGAAGCAUUUCUUCCAGAUUCAGGAUCGACUUUCCACCUUGUUCUUUAAAAUGGCGCUUGGAACCACAGAAAGCAGCAUCUGAUGAUUAUGAUUUGCCUGUUAUGUUAAAAUGCUAGAAAACCAUUUUCACUGUUGUCAUGAUUAAUCUUGUUACCUGUUGUUUAGUCUGGAGUACUGCCUCAUGAUGGCUUUUCGAACAUAAUACCAUGUCGUUUUCUAUAUUUCUUUUAAAAUUAGGACCUUUGGUCGUUUGAACGUUCAUUGCCGGUUUAUAUCACCAUUGAAUCUCUUUUCAUCAGCUCCCUUUGGAAUUUGUUGAAAUCGUUUUGCUUUCUGGUGAGAUUUUUUCCACAAUUCCAUAUGGUGCAAAGAAAGAAAGAGCGCGCAAAAAGCACUUUUCCCUGUGUCCCCCAUGUGGCCGAUCCCCAAACGCCAUUUUAUCUCUGGAAUCUCCGGUUGUUAUUUUUAAAUUGACUGAUCGCUGGAACAGUGAUCGUACGAUGUUCAUUGAAUGCUUCAACUUGGCUCCAAUGACUCGUUAUGAAGAUUGAACUUUUUUUUUAAAAAUCAUUUUUUUUUUAAUAUUUAAAUGUCUUUACUUGGAGAAGUGAUCAACUCCUAGAAACUGCUAUUUUGGGGAGAAAAACUUUUUGAAUGCUGCCACAAGUAAGUUCGUGUGGUUUGAUCCAUUUGCUUUCUCACUUUAUUGUAGUGAGAGAUCCAUCGCACGACAGCAAUUUCUGCUAGCUUGUUUCAAGAGACUCUUGAACAAUCUGAUCGUGGUGUUUUGUUUCAAAAUUUGUUGAGAACUGUAGUUUAAAAGUCAAGUGCCGUUUGUACUUCCAUCAGCUGGCACAAACUUUGGAGAACCAUAUUGUUUGGGAGACAAAUCUUUAUCAGUGGAUAAAAUACAGCUUCAGAAACCCA